GUGCAGAUCGACGCGCUGAACCCCCAGUGGAGCUCCUCGCUGGCCCUGGGGGUCACCGGGGCCCCCCCCGGGCGCUCCCCCCUCCCCGCCUGCGCCCACGGCCUCAAGCGCCCGGCCUGGAUCCUGCAGCGCCGCGCCGUCUUCCACAACGGCAGGAAGAUCCGUGAUCUCCCGGGUCCCAGCCUGGAGCUGCUCCCCGCGGGGACGGUUUUGGGGCUCCUCGUGGACGGCUCCGCGCGGCUUCACCUCUUCAUCAACGGCCGCGACCAGGGCGCCGUGGCCGGGGGGGUGCCCAGCCCCUGCUACGUCCUGCUGGACCUCUACGGGCAGUGCCAGCAGGUGACGAUCGUGGACGGGGGGGGCUCCCCCAGCGGGGACCCCCGGAGCCGGGGGGACGUGGAGAAAGCCGACGUGGUGGACGGCCGAAGCCGCGGCCGGAGGGGGGGGGGUGGCAGAAGUGGCCCCGGGCCUAUCACGGCACCAGCGCCGGCGCCGUUCCGGGAGCCGGGCUGGCCGCGGCCCCGGGGGGCUCAGGUGGCCUUUGAGGUUUGGGUCCGUCCGGGCUCGUUCCGGGCCGGGCCCCCCUCGCUGAGCCCCCCGCCCGCCCUGGAGCCCCCCCAGGGGCUGGACCCCGGCCAGCUGGAGUGGGUGACCAAGGAGCCGGGGGCCACCGUGCUGGCCGGGCUGCUGGUCCGCGUGGACUGA